AUGGUUACCAAUGUAUCACAAAAUGGUAAACAAUUAACUAUUUCACUUACAAGCUCACCAGUUGGAUGGUUCCAAAUCCAAUUAUUUAAUAACCAAGAAUUUGUAGAUAUCUUUGACUAUUGCACAUCGACCAUGAACUCGAUUACAUGUUCUCUUCCAAGUGUUGGUAGUUGUAAUUCAGUCAGUCUUUGGGGCAGCAUUGGUAUUGGAGGUCCAACCGUUCAAAAGACAUCCCAAUUCUCUUGUACCGUAGUUGCUGCUUAA